GAGAACAACUAUGGUUAUGCAUUUAAUACUGGUUAUGGGCAGCAACCAAUUGCAACAAAUGAUGUAAGUACAGUCAAUCCAAAAUUUUAAAAGUUUUAAACAUUUUGUUACUUGUGGUGUUAUAAAACACACCAAUGUGGGAGGUACACUGUACAUUAAAAACUCAAAGAGGAGAAGAGCCUGCCAAGAACUGCAGGAAUAAUUGAAGGUUAGGUGCAAUUAAAAAUUGCCAGAGUUGUUUAGAGUUCUAAUAGAGGUCUAAUUUACAAUUAUUUUUUACAUUCAUUUUGGGACUUUAAGUACUGGUCGCUUACGCCUGCUGCUUUUCUGGUAAAAGUAAGUUGCAGUUGCUUUCAAAGAUGUCCACAGACGUCUAUUUCCUCCUUUCCCCACCCCCACUUCCUUGCGCUUGCGGUCAAUAAACCACUCUUUGGUUUUUGUUUCAAUAAGAGCGCGCGACAAUCUGUAAAGAGAAAAAAGAGGGUCUUUGAACAGGCUAUGGCCGCUUACUCGCAGCCGUUCUUGUCUUGUCACGCAACGCGCCUCCCCAACAAAUGGCUGCUCAUAUUCGAACCGCACUCCUUUCCCGAUUUAAGCCAAUCACAGCUAUGGCUCCUUCGUCUGGAACUGUUUCACGCCAAAUUAUCCUAUCACACGCCGUCCAAUCAUAGCCUACAUCCUAUCGUAUCGUCUGUAGUGUCAAGUUGUCUCCUAGAAAACCGUUAAUUUUUCUCGUCACUCGCAUAACUUUUUGUUUGAAUAAAACAGUCUCGAAAUUGCUACGAUUCGACUACCGGUACAGGGUGAGAAUUGAAUUUGGCGUCCACUUAAAGCGAUGUUUGUGUAUGAAUAUGUGCCUGCAAUUCCAAUGGUUUGUUUUUCAGAAACACGUAUGCUUUAACACGUUUUUCUUUCAGCAGGUGAUGGGUCCACAUGGAGCAGUGCCCUACCAGGCACGUCCACCAGACAAGCAAGGUGGCGACAGUCCCCGAGGUGGGGCUAAUGCUCGGUUUAAGAACAGAGAUGGAAGGGCUGCAGCCAUUCCUGGACCCCUGGGUGAAAAGACAAAACUUGCUCCCGUUAAUCAAGGAAAAGGGUGAGUUUGUUGCAUAGCAGAGGAAAACAGGGAAACAAAGGGCGGCCAAAUUGUCAUUUCGUUUAUAAACUCUUAAUACAAAAUUUUUAAACGGAGAAAAUUUAUGAGCUUUGGAAUGCGUGUAGGGAUCAUGUCAUUUGACGUUUGGCGUAAAGGUCACGUGGACGCGCAUGCUCGAUAGAAAAGCAAACGGUCGCUCGCAGUGGUUGUCUGCUUCUCGUAGCGUAGCGUAGCGUCCACCUUGGAGAAACCACUGCUCGCAGCGUAGUAUUCAUGUUGAUUGUUUUGUCUGCAGGAAAGUGCCACGCUCCCAGUCAUACCAAGACGUAAAUGGUACAACUGGAGAUUCUCAAAAUACAAGAUUGCUAUUGGAAGAAAAAGAACAAGCCUUGCUUGCCUCCCAAGAAACUGUUCAGGUACGCUAAAAUGCCCAAAACGCCGUUCAUAGGUCGAGCACUUCGCGAUUUUCUGUUCCAGAUGCAAAAUAUAAGCUUCAGAAGUUUAGGCAUACGUAGAAACAAAAAUUUCGACGGGUUUUGAGUUUAAACGUGACACAGCCGUCUGGACUUUUACUUUUUGCUUUCUCUUCUCUCUUCCUCUUUAGCCUGUCUUGCCCCAUUUUUUUUCCUUUUGCUUAGCAUUUACUAGCCUUGAUUUCGUGGGAAAAGUUUUUAGGAUCGAAGGAUUAGAUGAAAGCAAGUGCAGAUAGGUAAUGGAACAAAAUUUUCCUGAAAUUUUCGGGUCAACUUUACAAAUUUUUUUUUGCCUUUUUAUCCGGCGCCCUUGACCAAAUCGUGCUCAUUCUGGAAUAGUCUGAAAGAUCUCUUCGCCCUUCAUAAGCUAGGUGACAAAGUUGUCCUUAACCCUUGAACUGGCAUGGACGGUUACAGGCGGUUCAGGGGCGAAUGCGUUUGAAACCAGUAACUAGUAAUUUAGUAACUGGCUUUUAAGAUUAUAUCUGAUAAAUAUCAAUAAUAAUUGUUAUUCAUUCUUAUCAAUUUAUAAUGACAAUUAGUCAUGAUCAUUGUAAUAAUUUCUUUCUAGAUUUUAAAUGUGAAAAUUCGAAGACUAGAGCACUUACUUCACCUAAAGGAUUUAAGAAUAGAUGACCUAACAAAAAGACUCCAACAAGCGACGCAGCCCUUACCCAGACAGCUACCACCCCAACCACACCCACCUCAGCCCCCGGCUGUGGAUCCAUCAUUACCAGCUAUGCAUAUGCAUCAUCAACAACCGCUUCCACCGGUUCAUCAUACGUCUUACAGUGCGCAACAGUUACAAGAGCACUAG